UGUGAUUUUUCGUCAGUAAGAACAAAAGCCUGCUGUAGUCAACACCCCUCUGUUAUGGUGGUAUGGAACUGUGUCAUUCUGAAGGCUAUGACGAGUGUCAUGUGAGGCCUAUUUAUAGUACAUUGGGACAUCUUAUCGCUAUUAUAGAAAAGCUGAGAAAUGAAGAUGAUCCUGACCCAGACCUGCCCAGGAAUACAAUAAAACUAUUGCUGGAAUGUGAAUCAUGUCUUGAUAAGAUGGCUGCCCAGGGCAGUUCUGGGAUAAUGGCUUUAUCACAAGUCCAAUCUAGGACUUCAACCUCCCAAAGUGAAAGGGAGUCAAUUAGUUCUGAGCUUGAUGUUAAAAAUUCAACCAUGAAGUUGAAAAACUGUGAACAGAAACUGAAAAACUUUAAAGAAAAGAAUAAAAAGUUUCUUGAGAAGAAUAUAGAACUGACUACUAAGAACCGAGAGCUAGCAGAUAAUAUACAAACAAUUACUAAAGACUACAAUAAAAUGAAGGAGCAGCAGGAAUACUCUAAGAAGAGAAUAAAACAGUUGACCCAGCAGAUUAACCAAGAGAAGAUGACCAAUGGAGAACUGGAGAUAAGACUCCAAGAGAUGGAGAACUUAAAACUGGAACUGACUGUCCAGAAUAAAGCUGUCACUGCCCUCAGACUAGUGUGUGCUGAAAAAGACAGAAGAAUUGAAUUAUUGCAACACAGAAAAAAGAAGAAAAGACAGUAUAGAAAUGUAGAAAAGAGUUCUCGUGGUGUAAAGGAGACAUUUUUCGGUUAUGAAGAAGAUUCUAUAGAUUCUUCCGAGACAUCAUCCAUAUUGUCUCAGGGCACCAUAUCUGAUGAGGAACUUUGUGAUGAGUUAUCAAGAGAAGAGAUAGAAAAGAAUUACCAGAGACUAAUGAAGGAACAUUUAGAACUUCAGAGAUUACAUAACAUCUUACAGAGAUAUUGUGGUAGUAGCACCAUGGAUCCAGAAAGACAUUUUAAGACUUGUAAGCAGUUGGAAUCUGACUUGUUUGAUGCCACCUUGAAUAUAGAAAAUCUGAGGACACAAAUAAAAGAAAGCAAGGAGAAAACAAGCAAACUGAAAACAGAAGUUAAAGAUCUAAGAAGAUCUGAAAGACAAUUGAAUGAAAAGAAGAAUGAGUUGCUAUCAGAAAACUCUAGGUUGAAGGAUGAGUUAGUGGAGGCUUAUGAGAAAAUAGAUGAUUUAGAGUUUAGAAUCGUCGAAAUAGAGAGCCAGAAUCCUAAUCCUGACAGCUACCAUGAGAGUGGUGUGUUGGAAACCAUUCUGGAAGAACCAGGAGAAGUUGAUAUAAACAUGGAUAGUAACUCUACCAUUGAGAACAUGGACAAAGAUAAAUUAGUUCAGCAUGUCCAAGGUCUAGAGCAAACUGCAAAUGAACUUCAACAGAAAGUAAUUACUUUACAACAGGAGAAAGAAACCAUGGAAACUAAACUAAAGCAUCAUGGGACUUUGGAAGAGAGAGAGCAAAUGGAAGUGAUGGAAGCUAAGGUUCAAGAGGUCAAUGAAGAUGGUGGAGAGGCUUCUCCAAGGCAUAGAGCUGGUUCUUUCGACUCAAAUUAUUCCUCAAGAGAUAUGAGCAAUACUAGUUUGGACUUAAGUGGCGAGGCAAAUUUUCCCUUUAUGUCAAAUUCUGAACAUGGCAAUGCAUUUGCUGACAACUGUGUUGAUUUUGAAACAUUGAGUCGUGAGACAAAUUCCACACUGAGUCGUAUUUUUGACACUCAGAACAUGUCUUCUAGUGACUUAUCACAGCUGAAACUUCAUCUUAAUAUGCUUAGCCAAGAGGUAUGCAAAAUGCAUGCUGGAAAUGUGUCGCUUAGAAAUGAACUGCAUAACAGUAGCGUGCGACAAGAGGAACUGGAACAAGAUGAAAAUAAAUUAGUCCAAAUUAUGACACUUUAUAAAACUUUACAAGAUCAAGUUAAUCAGUUUGAUGUUACUGAAAAACAGCUGAGAGAAAAAUUAAAGUUAACAGAAAAUUCAUUAGCUGAGUUAGAACAGAGCGAAUCUCAGUUACGAGAGAGGACCUUGAAGGCAGAGGAAAAGGAACAUAGCGCUAGGCGACAGGCUCAUGAGUAUUUGUCCAAAAUAGGGGAGUUGAAGGAAAUCAUAUUAGAUAAAGAUAUGGUGGAAAGCAAACUGAGUGAGAAGGUUACUAUUUUGGGAAAGGCAGAACUGAUAUCCACAGAAAAAAUAAAGGAAUUAGAGACUAGAAACAAUGAAUUGAAACAGAGGCUUGAUUUGAAAGAGGAAUUUGAGGCAGACGUUACUUUUGAGAAAAAUCUAAACGACACAAUAUCAGAACUUCAAUCUGAAAAUGAUUCUUUGACAAUGAGAUGUUCAGAACUGGAAGAAAAUGAGGAAAUAUUAAGAAACAAUUGGGAGAAAAGUGCUCAAGAACAUAUUAAUAGGAUACAAUCUUUAGAGGAUAAAAUAGAAAGUUUAGAGUUUAGUAAUAUCGAACUGAAGAGUAAAUUGGAAGAGCAGGAUACUGAAGCAGACGCACAUCGACCAUCGUUAGCUCUUGAACUUUCUGAAGUUGACCAAUCAAAAGGGGAUUCUCAAAUUAAUCAAACCAUUGAGUUUUUGCUCCACCGCAUAAAUAACUUGGAAAGUACAUUAAGUUCAUUGGAGGAGGCAAAAAAUACAAAAAUAGAAAGUUUACAAGAACAAAUUGCCAAAUUAAAAGAGAAUGAAAUUAGAUUGAGUGAGACUGUUAGUGAAAUGGAACGUGAAGAAAAAGAAUUGAAAAGUCAAUUACAAUUUAAUCAAGGGAAAAGGUAUUCAAAUGAUGCUGUUGUACAGUAUGAAGGAAAAAUCCAUGAAUUACAUCGGUCACAGGAAAAUCUCCUGGAACAUUUAGAUUCAAUGGAAGAUCACGAGUCAAACUUGAAAGAAAGGAUGAGAGAAAUGGAAGAAAAAUAUGAAAGAAAGAUUGAACAUUUAGAGAAAGAAAUAGCAAAUUACAUAGAACAAGAACAGGAAUUUAUAGAGAAAAUAAGUGAAUUUGAGAAAUUUGAAACAGAAAUGAUGGAAAAGUUAGAUGCUGCUGAUGAAGAAAAUCAACAAUUAGCAGAAGAAAAUCGGCAACUUAUUGACAAAGUGUUAAAACCCAAUCACCUUCAUAGCGAUUUAGAGGAAAGUGAAACAUCUGGAAUUAAUGGUCAAACUGAAAUGAUUGAUCAAUUAAACAAUGAAUUAAGUGAAAUAAAAACUGAAAAGUGUCAGGUAGACGAACUCUUACAAAGAACUAAAACUGAACUGCAACAAGUCCAGUUGGAAAAUGACGAUUUAAAUGAACGCUUGAUAGAACUUGAUUCAUCCGAGCAGGAAUGUUUAGAAAAAUUACAUAAAUAUGAACAUCAAGGUGCAGAAUUAACACACCUCCGUAAAAAGGUAGAUGUACUAGAAGAUGCUGAGAUAAAGUUAAUGGAUAGAGUGACUGAACUUGAAGAGAUAGAGCAGGGCCUUAGGGCUCAGUUAGACAAUAAUAACAAGGAUGUUCAAUUAGGUGUUCAUGAUCAAGAAACUGACACGAAUGACCUGAAUGAUAACAUUCCAUCAUUGUCGACAGAAGGUGAAAUCCCUCUUAAUGACACUUGUGUUCAGGAAUUCUGUGUUAAAUCCCUGGCUGUAAUCUCCGAAAGUAAGACUGACCACUUACCUUGUGAUAAACAAACUGAUACCAUUGAUCUUAUGGAUAUAAGAUGUGACGGAUCAAACAGUCCUGGUAAGGUCACUGGACUGUUUGAACGCUUACAAGAUCUAGAAAAUGAAAAUACAAGUUUGACGGAGAAAUUGUCUAGUUUAACAUCGACUGAUAAACAAGUAAGACAGUUAUCAGAAAAAAUUAAAAUGUUGGAAGGAUCUGAGGAUAAAUUAAUGGAGAGAGUCAUGGAGUUGGAAGAAAUUGAAGAUCGUGUCAAGGGAGAGUUAAAACGAGCAAAAGCAGCGGAGAAUCGUCUUGGUGAAGUUGAACAAGAAUUGUCUGACGUACAAAAAACAAUGGAAGAUAUGGAAUACAAAGUGGAAAGUUUAGAAUUAGAAAAUAGCACGUUAAGAAAUGAACUUAAUUCCUCGGGUGUUAGCCAAGUACAUAGUGAAGCAAACAUUGAAAAGAUUCUGGAACUUGAGCAUGCUAAAGCUAAUCUGACCAAAGAAAGAGAUAACUUAUUAUUGCAGUUAUCUGAGGAGAAAACUAAAGCUUUAAAAGCUGACAAUGAUUUAAAGGAAUUGCAAAAUAAAUUCAAUGAAAUCCAAACUAAACUGGAUGAAACUGAAAUUUCAGAAAAAAGUUUGAAAGAAAAUCUGAAUUCUUUAGAAAAGGAAAAAGAGAAAUUGUUAGACACUGUUGAUGAUUUAGAACAUAAAGUUAAGACAUCAGAAGAAGACAUAGAACAGUUUGAUUUAUUAAAAGAUAAAUUGGACGAAAAAAUUCAAAGACUUGAAAAUGAAUUGGCUCAGGUAGAGGAAAGUGAGUUUGCAUUGAAAAAGGACAAUAUUGAGGUACACAAACUUAAUGACCAGCUAACGCAGGGGAAUAAGAACUUGGAGGGUCAAUUGGAAGAGACCAGAAAUAAGUUACGUGUGACAGAGGAUGCUAAAACAGAGACAGAAUCAAAAUUGGAAAAUUCAGAAAAAUCAAACCUGGAAUUACAAUCAAAUUUAGAAAGUGUUCAACAAUCAAAAGAUGAAAUUGAAAAAACAAUAAAGGAUGCAGUUGAAUCAAAGAAGACUGCAGAGAGAAAAAUGGAAUUUGCCGAAAUUUCACGACAGCAAAUGGAAAAUAAACUUAAAGAGAUGGACAAACUAUAUGAAGAAGUGCAAUCAAAUUUAGAAAAUUCUAAAAAGACAAUUUUAAGUUUAAAAAGAAAAUCAUUAACUGCUGAAACAUCAGGUAUGGAAUUUCAGCUUAAAGUAGAGAAAGCUAACAAGGCAAAGAAUGAUGCCGAAAAACAAUUAGAAAUAGUACGAAAAUCAAAUAGCUAUUUACAAUCAAAAGUAAUGAAAGGAUCGGGAUCAAGAUUAGGUUCUGAUAAUAAUCGAAACUCUGUGGAAAGUAUCCACACGGAUACAUGUAUGACAUGUGGAUCAAAUCUGAAACUUCCAAAACAGUUAUCCACAUUCCAGGGUGGAUUAGAUGAUUUAGUUCAGGACUAUAGGGACCAAUUAGAACUGCAUACUUCUCCAUCCACUGACUGUACACUCCCAAGUCAUCUGAUGACCUUAGAUGAACCAUUCCAAGUGAUAAUAAAAGAUCUUAUGACAUGUAAACUUUGUAUACAGAACAGAAUAUCUGGUCUCCAGGAACAAGACAAGUCACUCAGAGAUGCUAAUAAGUUGUUAGAGAACCAUUACAAGUCAGAGAUAGAGGAAUUGAAUAAAUCUAUAGCAACAGUCCAAAAGGAUAAAGUUACACUCCAGGAAGAGUUAUCUGUGUUGGAGGAGAAAAAACAAGAUUCCUGUCAAAGUCCAGAGGAAAAAUUACCUCAUAAUGUAGAAACUGUGGACAGUUCUAGUCAAACUGAUACCUCAGACGAAAACCAAGUCAAAGAACCAUUAACCAUGACAGGAGAGAUGGAAAAACCAGAAGAUAUUCUACGUCAAAGAAUCAUGGAGUUGGAAAAAUUAGAAAAGCAUUUAAAGAAACAGGUAUCAGAUUUAGAAAAUGAUAGAGAAGAAUUACACGAUAUUGCAAGGAAAGACAAAGCAUUGAUUCACGAACAGAAUGUGAAAAUAAGGGAACUACAGCUAGCGGAGAAAACAUUAAAGGUGCAAGUCUCAAGUUAUGAAGCCUCAGAAAAUAAAUUAUACAAGAAAGUUGGAGAACUUGAAAAUGAAAUAAGCAAAAUGGAGGACAGGAUCAGUGAUCUUGAAAUUCUAGAAAUGAGACUGAAAGAACUUGUAAGGAAAUAUAAACUAGAUGAAGAAGUGUGGUUAUCAAAAUCUGUCAACUUGGAAACAUCAGUCUCAGAAUUAACUGUCUCCGAAUAUAAUUUGAAAAAGCAAUUGGAAAGUGUUCAAAAGGAGAAAUUAAGUUAUUCAGAAAAAUCAGAAUAUUUGGCCUUACGUUUGAAGGAAUUAGAAAAUGCUGAAGCUAAUUUAGUUCAGAGAAUGAAGGACCAAGAAAAUAAAGAAAAAGCUCUUAAUCAAAGACUUGGGGAAUUAGAAAGUUCGGGAAGUAGCACAGAAGCACAAGCUGUGGAACUUCAUAACUCAAACAUUGUGUUGACACAACAAUUAAAUCAAGCGAUUCAGGAAAAUGGUGCUUUAGUCCAUCAGACUUCUCAGUUACAAAGUCAGCUGAUCAUGUUAGAUCAACAAUGUGUUUCAUUGCAUGAAGCUUACUCACAACUCAAGGAAGAGAAACAUGUGUUAGAAAAGUCUGAAAAGGAUUUAGAGGGUAAAGUGAAAGCAAAAAGGUUAUCUGGAGUUGAUAUUGAGGAACAAUUACAUAAACUGGAGGAAAAUGAGAAAACAUUGAAAGAAAAAAUCAGUACAUUGCAGAGAAGUGAAAAUAGAUUAAAGUGUAAAGUUCAACAAAUAGAAAGUUUUGACAGUCAGGAAUUAUCAGAGGUUUCCGAAAGUAAAAUUCCUCACAAGCUAGAGGAAUGUCAACAAAGAUUGGUCAUUCUGAGGAAACAGAAUAUUCACUUGAAGAGCAGAUUACUGGAGUAUCAGAAUCUAGCGUCUUCAAAGUCAGUAGUCAAACUCCCACAGAGGGAGUAUAAACAGAUGGAGGCACGUGUGGCCCUGAUAGAGCAUACAGAAGCUCAGUUACAUAACGUUGAGCAGUUGAAUGCUCAGUUACAACGAAGAGUGGACCAGCUGCUACAGGGGAAGCAAGCCCCUGAAACUGAAGAAGAAAUGAAAAUUUUAAAGGAAAGAUUGAAACAGAAUGAAGUUCAUCUUCAGAUUUUCAGACAGCUUGCUAUAGAUGGUCAGUGGGAUGAGAUUCUCCCUAUAUUAAAUUCAGUGAAUUUAAUAAAAGGCUAUCGACCUGUAAAAUCAGCUGGUCUCCAAACAGAGGGACGAAAGACUGUUACCUCUAUGGCUGGUCAACCUUUAGAAGAACUGACCAAACAGAUGGUCAGUACUGACCUACAUAUGGCCAGAUACCCUGAUGACCAGUCAGAUGAUAGUAUGGUAGAUGAGUAUAUAACUCCGAGUAAAAGGGGUACAGAUCAAAGUAAACCUACAGCAGAGGAGAAGAGGAAAUUAAUUAAUGAUCUUAUCAGCCAUCUUGAUAAAGAUAGUGACGACCUUGACAGUUCCAUAGAGGAGAUUCAUUGGAAAAAGGUCGAAUCACUCCUCCCUGUCAAAUCACAGGAGAGAAAAUGGAUAACAGUUGGACAAGCAACUAGUUUACAUUCCAGCAAACCGGGUGAUACCAGGAACAAAGAAGAGGAACUGGUUCUCGGUCUAGAAUUACCUUCAGAGAGUGAAGGAAUGACACAGAAUGGCACAGAUUCCAAUACGUCAAGUCCUGUCCUGAAAAGGAGAAAGUUCCUUUCAGCAGACAGUACUGACAUGUUAAAGUCACACUCAGGACAACACCACACGAUGCCUCCAUCUACAGUCUCAAAGACUCCUGAUAGUCUAUCGUACUAUCUACCAAGCUCAGAACACAAUAGUGGGGAUGAUAUGCAUGGUUUUGUAGAAGAGAUAAAAAGCCAUGCUGCCCCAGUUAACUAUGCUGCUCCAAGAUCAUCUAGUCUCCAUGACAGUGGUCAUGUGACUGCCUCGACAGGAAGAGGCACGUCUCUGAGGGAGCGAAUUAUGGAAAUUGGAAAAACUCUAGAGAAAAAAGCAGCUCCUUAUUCAGAAAUAUCAGAUGAAGAAGAGAGUCUGUUUACAUGGAAGACAAAGGCUUAUGAAGCCAGAAGAAAUUUUGACAAUGCAGAGAAAGAAGUAAAACACAGUAAAGAUGAGAUUAACAAGUUAGAGAAAGAACUUGAAGAAAAAUGUAGAUACAUAGAAAUAUUAGAAGCUUUUGUAGAAAUGUUACAGAACCUACUUUGUAACAAAGAGAAUAAAAAAGAUAGAGAAGUGCUCAAUGAAAUUGAAGUUGAGGUGCACAGAAUGAAAGAAAAACUUACCGACCAGGUGACACGUAGUACAGGAAGUGAUGUCACAACACAACUCAAACGUAAAGACAGAGAACUUCAGGCAAAGAGAAAUGAAGUUGACAGUUUACUGGUGGAGUUAAGACAAUGGCAGGAGGAGUGUAGAACAAUAGAGGAUAUGAGAGUUAAUGCCCUUGAAGCUUUACAUUGUCUAGAACAAGAAGUAUCAGAAACACAUACAUCAGAAAAACACCUGAAACAAGACUAUAAUAACCUGCACGAACAGAUAUCAACAUUAGAAACAAAUAAAGAAGAUUUAACAAAGAAUAUUGCCAUUUUAAAAGCAAGGAUUAGUCAUUUGUCACAAAAAUGUAAAGAAAAGGACAGCCUUUUACGGCGCCUUAAAGAUGAGUUUUGCCAAGGAUCUGGUAAAUCAUCAGCUCUGCUAGAGGAGCUUAAAGUUAUGGAAUCUUAUAUGGACAAACAAGAUAAUGAUAGUCCAUCAAUGUUAUCUAAUGGUAAAGUCCCUGAUCAGAAUGACAGACAUUUAAUAUCAGAACAGUUUGUACAAGGAGAGAUACCUAAGAAUCAACACUUCAUAGUAGUAUCAGAUUAUGAUCCUUCUAUGUUUUCUAAAAGUAACAGUCCAAGACUGGAACUACAACUGAAAAAGGGAGAUAAUGUCCUCAUUACAGGUCCAUUAGAUGACAGAGGGUAUUUUGAGGCUGAGGUCAAUGGUAAAGUAGGUCUGGUACCAGCAGCUUAUUUAGGUAGACCUCCUGUAAAUGGCCACCAUUUUCCAACAGCUAAUGACAGGCGGUGGCAACAGUACGAGAAGCCACCAAACCACCUGAAUACCUCACCAGAAAAUAUUGUUCAGAUGUAUGGCCAGUUAGUUAAACAAGGAAAAUCUGGAUGUUCCAGUCCUAAGUUUAAUGGAUUAAGGAAAACAACUGGUCAAAACAUCAAACAAGUUGUUCCUGAUCCACCACAAGAUUUCCAGGCUGUGGAAACAGAAAGGGGGAUAACUUUGUCAUGGAAACCUCCUGCAACACCUGUUACUGGAUAUAAGAUAUUUGUGGAUGGCAAACUUCACAGACACCUAACCAAAGCAAGCAUAACCAGACUGGUCCUCCACAGUAUCAGUAUGGAUAGGGACCACAUAUUUGGUAUCGAGUCAGUCUGUGACAGACAAGUGUCGGAGAUCAUAGAUAUCUUCUACGGAGACAACGAUUCUAAAGAGGACAGAGUGUUAACAAGUCAUGAAUUUAUAAAAUUACAUCAAAGACAAUACUUGGGCAUUUAUGAUUAUGACCCACAGAAACAGUCUCCUAGAGCCGAUACGUCGCAGGAACUGGCUUUUAGUGCUGGAGAUUCCAUAACGAUAUACGGAGAAGAAAGACGGGAUGGAUACUUUUAUGGUUGUGUUGAUGGACAAUAUGGUUUAGUCCCAUCAUAUUUCGUUGAAGAAAUUCCAAAGACAAAUAGACAGAAAUUUAAUGUUGAUUCUCAUAAAUACAACACUAGAUGACAUCUCACAUGAAACAGUUAAACAGUGCUAUACCCAACUACUCAGGAAGAUUAGAAUUGGUCACAUGAUCCAGUGUUGACCAAUGACAACAGUGCUACACAAACAGUACUAAACAAUGGACCACUGUGCAUUAAACUCUGUAUCAUUUGUUGAGAAAUCAUUGAAAACGUGCAAUAUAUAAACAUCUAAAUUAAUUAAUUAUAGCUUUUACUGCCGAACCAUUUAUCUGUAUUUAUUAUAUGGCAUCAUUAUAUUAUAAUAGUUGACUUAUUUCAUUUAUUUUUUGUUUAAACCAACAGCAUUGUCAAAGGCCAAAACCAUACAAUUCAUUUUAAAUUUCAUAGAAAGGAUUGUUUUUCUUGCCAAAAUUAGUUUUUACGGUAUCUACUGAUUUGUAAUCAAACUUUGAAAAAUGAAGUAAGAUAAGCCCCAAAAAUGUUGGUUAGGAAAUGGAAUUUUUAUAUAUGAUUUUUACACAAUUUAUUGUCUUGUUGUUUAAUACUUUGUUAAAUUUUGCUAUGCAAUACAUGUUUAUGUUUUGAUUAAGAAAUCAUAUUUUGUAAUUUAAAAUAUAUUUCUAAUACUUGUAUAUUGUUAUGAAUCAAACAUGCUUAAAAGUGUAUAUUUUGUGAAAUAUAUUUAUAAGUAAAGUCUACCAUUUGUGAGUCCAUAGCUUCCAAUAAAGUAAAUCAUCGUUAAAUAUUUACAAAUAAAUAUUUACAAAUAAUCAUUAUUAAAUACACCUUGUAAAAUCUUCAUAUUUGUUUAUAAAUCAUUUGAUGGUUGUAUUGAAUAAGGAAACAUUUCGGUUGUGAUGAUAUGAAUGUUUCAAGGGCACAUAACUCUGUUAAAGCAUCAAAAGAAGAUAAUGAAUUUUGCAAUCUCUUUGUUACAAAGCUAUUUGUUAUUUAUAUAUUUUUAUAAGUAAGUAAUAAACAUAUUUUAUGAAACAGAAA